AGAAGAGGGGGCGGAGGAGAAAGAAAAAGGAAAGAACAAGGGAGCACUGAAUUGAAUUAGAUUAAAAGGAAGCACCUUUUCCCACGGAGACUAAAAGUUCUGCGCAUGACUUCCUGCUCAGAAAAUGUAUGCUAAUAAGAAGACAGAUCUUCCUUGAAAGAGCAAGCCCUGUGUUGAACAGAGACACUAAUGCUGAGAAUUAGGACAAGAAUAUCAUCUGUGACUAUCAAGUCUACGAGUACAGGUCGUGCUGCAAUUAGUUCAUUGAAAACUCAGUUGCUGUUGGAGCGGUCGGGCAGAGACUGCUCUGGGCUUUUUUCCUGGUGAUUGUUAAGAUCUCCUCUAGAGAGCUACGACAAUGCCCAAAAGAAAGGCUGCAGUUCAAGGUGAUGUGAGGCAGGAGCCAAAGAGAAGAUCAGCCAGACUGUCUGCUUUGCCUGCGCCCAUUAUACCAGAGGUGAAGCCCAAAAGAGCAUCAACUCCAAGGAAAAUGAAGACAAAAAAUGAUACACUGGAACAAAACACAGAUACAAGUGCCAAAGUAAUUGCUGAAACCAAGCAAGAAGAAGCUGUCAAAGAACAAUCCAGUAAAAAUGGAGAAUCCAAAAUUGUAGAGGCACCAGUUCCUGAAAAAGAAACUGAGGAAUCAAAAGAAAUAAGUGAAGAUAUUGAAGAAGAGGGAGGAGAAAAUAAAGAAGCAGUAGAAGAAGAUAAAAAGGAUGAAGAUAUAAACAAAGAAGAGAAAGGAGAAGACGGAAAAGAAGAACAAGAUGAAGAGGAGAAAAAAGAUGGAAAAGAGAAUAAAGAUGGCAACAAGGAAGGAGAAGACAGAAAAGAGGGAGAAGACCAAGAAGAGAAAGGAGACGAGAAAGAUGGUGAAGAUGGAAAAGGGAAAGGAGCAGGUGUCAAAGAGGAUGAAUUUGGAAAAGAGGAUAGAAAAGAGGAAGAUAAUAAAGAUGGUGCAGAUGAAAAAGAUAAAGAAGAUGAAAAUGAGGAGGAAGAGGAGAAGAAAGAUGAAGGUGGAAAUGAGGAAGAAAAGGAAAAGGAGAAAGAAGACAGAAAAGAGGAAAAUGAAAAAGAAGAAAGUGGAAAAGGAGGUGAGGAAGAAGGAGAAGACAAAAAGGGAGAUGAAAAGAAGGCUGAAGCUGGGAAAGAAAUUGAAAAAGAAGAGGUCAAAAAAGAAGAUGGAAAAAACGAAGAGUCUCUGAGUAUUGUCUAAAACUGCCCUAUGUGGUUUCGUAAUUUGGUAAUACCUACCUUCUUGUUGUAAUGUUAAUAGAGAUAAAUAUUUUUAUCAAAUAUUUUAUAAGCACAGUUUUUCUUUAGCAUCAGUUUAAUUUCAGAACAUCUUCAUACUGAUUAUUAGUCACAAAAUUCCUAACAUGAAACCUUUAUAAAUUUUGAGAUUAUGGUAGUGGAAUAUGUAGAAAAAUUAUGCUAACUUUGCCAGGGAAUUCUGUUUCGUGUAAGUUCUUUGUUACAUUUUGAAUUUUAAUUAGCUCCUAUAUAUGUGGUCAUUUCACAAAAUGGGGGAAGCCCAAAAGAACGUUUCAUGCAACAUUCUUGUGGUUCUCUAGGUUGCUUUUAUAAAGAAGGUGAACUAUUUUCAUGCAAUGCUAAGAGUUAGUUAUCUUUCCCAAAUAUAACUUUAUUAUUAGGAAAAAAUAAAGUUGUAAUCUCAUGUUAAAAAAGAAAUGCAAAUGUUUAUUGCAGAAGGGCAGUUUUGGUUAUAUGUGUCUGAACAAAAUUUUAUUGCCUUUAUCCUAAUAAAAAUGACUCUUCAAAGCUGA